AUGGAACAGACUUAUAAGAGCUCGAACUAUCUUGGGCGUUCCAUCACCAAAGUGGCCCAGUGUCCCCAGAUCAUAAAGGACUUUUCUAAUGGCAAGUUCUACCGCCCUUGGGCUACUCAACCCAUUCUGGUUGAUCCCACACGGAAGAAGAUGACCGAGCUGAGCGAGACGGCCAUUCUCUCACAGCGCGCUGUUUACGCCGAUAUGUUCGGGUUCAAGCACACAAUGAAUAUCGCACACCAGGACGAGAUGAAAAUCACACGAACGAGAUCUCGGCUUUACGCUCUAAUUUUAAGUGUGCGAGGGCCGGCUCAGCUAGCCAAUCUGUACCCUUAUAUCCAAAAUCGAUUGGAUCGAUUCCUGGGAAAUGAACUAUCCCCAGUCAGGGUGGACGAAGAUGGCUCUAUUUGUGUUCCUCUCGCGGAGACGUGUCGUGUCAUGGCCUCACGACUGAUGUCCGUGAUUUUUUUUGGAGAAGAAAUGACAUCCGACCCCGCCUUCCUCAAGGCCUUAUAUGACCAGCCCCAGGAAACUGUCAAGUGCAUGGCUCUUUUCCAGCUUCUACCGCGCUUCAUGUCACCUCUGGUGCACGCAAUCGUUACCCGUCGUGGUGCGGCCAUGAAAAUGAUUUUGAAUUGCGUCAACCCCGUGAUUCAAAGCGAGACGAAGAAUUGGGCUGAGCACUCUGGUUUGAAGGAGCAUACACUCCUCUACCUACUUACUACGGAGACCCAGAAAACUCGUGACUACUGGACUCCUGAAACGCUCACACAGGCCAUGACAGGCCUCUUGUUAGCGGCUUCUCACCAGCCCUGGGUCAAUCUUCACAUCUUUCUCUACCGACUUUGCGCUUCCCCAGAGUGGCAGGACAUCUUGCGCAAUGAGAUUCUCGAGGCACAGGCAAAAGAACCCUUGACCUACGAGCGACUAGCCGAGCUUCCUCUUAUGGAUAGCUUCAUGCGUGAAACCGCGCGUCUUGUGUCCUUGGACAAAUUGAACAUCCGCCGCAAGGCUCUGCAAGACUACACCUUUGAAGACGGAACCACGCACGUCCCUGCAGGUGCUACUGUCUGCGUCUCCUCCUACGCCGCAUCACACAAUGCCGCCACAUAUCCAGACCCGGAAACCUUCGAUGGUCGUCGCUUUGUAGACGGCCGCCACAAGGACUCUACACAUCGAUACUCUGAUGUCUCCGAGCAAUACUUGAUCUGGGGAUACGGAUCGCUGGCAUGUCCCGGUCGCUUCCACGCUGCUUUCGUUCUCAAACUAGCUCUUGUUAACCUGCUGCUCCGCUAUGACAUCCGACUUGACGACCUGAACAUGCGCAGCCAUUGGAUGUACGAGGCAUUCAGCAUGCCGUAUGAGUCAACCAAGGUGGUACUCAUGCCGCGAGGAUCAAUUUAG